AUUAAUAAUAAUAACAAAAAUGAAACCAAAAGGUGAUAAUCCAUUGAAUUUGAGUUGGUAGGUGUCCUCGAAGCUUUAUCCCCACGUGGAUGGUCUCCGGCGAAAACAGCCGUCGUAAUUCGACACUCUGCCGUUGCCACGUACUUUCAAAAAUCCUUCCACCUCGUUCACGCAUAUAAAAAAUUUCCUAUUCUCUUCCAAAUUUCUUCGAUUAUUUUUUUACUUUCCAAAGCACUACCGUUUGACAUUGACGAUGGCAGAACCUUCUGAAACCGCAGAACCGAAGACGGUGGAAAUCGCGGAUAAGAUUACUGAACCCCUUCCUUCUCUCCCGUCCUCCAAUUCCGACGAAGUGGACGCCUCUCCGCCGUUGCCGACUGAGGAGGCGGCGGCGGAGGGAUCUGAAAUGCUGGGGAAAAAGCAAUCUGUUCAUCGUGUUCUUGGCGCCGGAAAACCUGCGGACGUGUUGUUAUGGCGGGACAAGAAAGCCUCGGUUGCAGUUCUUGGCGGAGCAACGAUAAUUUGGGCGUUUUUCGAAGUGCUUGAAUAUCAUUUGCUUCCUAUUUUAUGUUAUGCCUUGAUAUUGGUUGUUGCUCUCUUGUUCCUUUGGUCCAAUGCCCAUUUUUUUAUCUACAAGAGCCCACCUCAUCUUCCUGAAGUUCGUAUUAAGGAGGAGCCGUUGCUGCAUGUAGUUUCUGCAGCAAGGAUUGAGAUCAAUAGGGCCAUUGCGAUGUUGCGCGAUAUUGCAUCCGGGAGAGAUGUGAAGAAGUUUUUUGCUGUGGUAGUUGGCUUGUGGGUGUUAUCAGUUGUGGGAAAUUGGUGCAAUUUUUUGACCUUGUUUUAUAUAGUUGUCGUAUUGCUGCACAUGGUACCGGUCUUUUACGAGAAGUACAAGGGUAAAAUAGACUCAUUUGCUGAAAAGAUCGUGGCCGAGAGUAAAAAGAAGUGUGCGAUUUUUAACGAGAAAGUUGCAAGUAAAUUUUCCAAAGGACAGUUAAGAGACAAGAAGGAUUGAAAGAAAGGGAGGAAAAGGUAGAUUCUCAUAUAAUUCUGUCAAGUGAAAGAAAGUUGCCUCUUUUUGCUUGCUGAUUUGUGUAAAUGUUUUGAUUUGAAGUUCAAACCAGCUUUAUAUGUGGUUGUACAUAGCAAACUCUUAGUCGAAGGUUUUUUCUUUUCUUUUUUUUUUUUCUUUUUUUUUUUUUUUUUGGAAAUUUCAUUUGGUACAUGGAUUUUUACAGUGUUAUGAAUAAUGUGGUUGUUUGUGUUGA